AUGGAAAAUCCCUAUGGAACUACUUCAAUUUUGCCUAAUUAUUAUCAUAACACUAAUAAUAAUAACAAAAUAAACAACAAUUCUUCUCUUUCACCCCAUCAUUUAGCUAUAUCUGAUUCAUCAGAACAACAACAACAACCCCCUCAUCCAAUCAUUUCCUCCUCCUCUUCUUCCUCCUCUUCUCAUUCUUAUACUUCAUCCUCUCCUUCAUCACAUUACCGUCCUUCAUCGUUGAACAAUUAUGACAGUGGUGGACUUUAUCGUGCCAAUCAAAUUUUUUCUCCAAUAUCCGGUCCGCAACUUGUUGCUAAGCAACAACAACAACAAUAUCAACAUUUUAAUAACAAACAGAAUGAAUUAUUAAUCCCCGAGGAAAGCAAUGGCAGUCGUUUUUCAAUGGUGUCAGCUUUGUCAAUUGUUGAUCCUCCCCGUCCUCCUUUUAUUCCAAAAAAGCCUGUAUUUUAUUCGUCUACAAAUGUUGUAAAUAAUAAAGAAAUUUUGUCAAAUAAAAAUAAAAAUGAAGGAAAAAAUGAGGAGGAAAGAAAAGUAAAAUUAGCUACAAAUUAUGAGGAUGAUUUAGAUUUUAAUAGAAAUAAUAACGGCCAUCAAAAGCCUCCAUUCCUUCAACAAAUGCAACAUUCCCCAAAAAUGAAACAUUCUUCCAAAUUAAAUAAUAAUUCUAAUGGUAGUAUUAGUAUUUAUCAUCGAAAUAACCCUCCUCCACCACUUCCACAUCGUUAUCACAAUCAACAAAACCUUAAUUCUUCUUCUCCCCAACACAUUUAUGCUCCACCUAUUACCAGCACAACAGUUACCACAACAGCAAUAACAACUACUUAUAUUGGUGGAAAAAUGCCUUUAAUUACUAAUUCUACUAAUGAGGAUUCUUCGUGCAAUUGUAGCGAAAAUUGUAGCAAAAAUGAAAAAUGCAGCAAUUUUAGUGAGAAAAAUAGUAGCACAGAUGGAAGUACUACAAAUAGCUGUAGUAAUAAUGAAAAUAUUUAUGGAGAAUCUUGCUACGGAAAUGAGGCUUCAACUGGAAAAGAUGUUUUAAUUAAUAACAAAUUGUUAAAAAUGGGAAAGCCUACUUGUUUUGAAAUUGCAGAAAAGUUGGGAAGUAAUUGUACUAAAAAUACUAAAAAUUGUACAAGUUAUUUUCCUGUUGUUGAACAAAAGGAAGAUAAGGAAUUUAAAAAAGAAUUAACUAACAACAACAAAAAUUUAUUUAAAAAUUCCCCUCCCUCUCCACAUCAAAUAGAAUCUUCUACUUCUUCUGUUAAGGCUGUAGCAGCAGCGCUUGUAACAGCAGAUUUACGUGCUCGUUUUCGUGAAAGUCAAAAUAAUUUAUAUGAUAAAGGGAAAAGACAUUCUUCAACUUGUGUUUUACAACAACAACGGCGUCUUUCAUUAGUUGGGGCUAUAUCAGAUUCCAAUCAGAUGACAUUCUCUUCUACCGGUACAAUUAGUUCCUAUGGCUGUUCUGAUGCUGGAAAAACACGUGAGGGCCGUAUUUAUGCCACUGCAGGUUUUGGGGCUGCUGCAGCUGCUCGAAAUAGAAAGAAAAAAUUAAAAAAUAAUAAUGGAAUAAUUGAAAAUAAAAAUAAUGAAAUUUGUGAAGAAGAAAAUGUAAAAAUGAGACAAGAAGGCUCUCAAUCAUGUUUAGUUAAUGAUAAUAAUCAAAUGAGCGUUUCCAACUUGACGAACAAUAAAAAUGAUCAAAAUUCUUUUGGGACUUUAAAAAGCAACAGCGGGGCUUCUAUUGGAGCUUUUUCUUUGGGAAAUGAAUUUAUUUAUGAAACAACGGGAAAAUCUACCCUUGGAAGAAGAGCACAAAAAUUGGCACAACGAGCAGCGCUUAAACUUAGUAAAAGUGGGGGAACACUUUCAGCAGAAUUAAGUAGUUCGGCUUCGGCAAUUUAUGCACUUUUUAGUGGAAAUAAUUUUAAUAAUAAUAAUGGAUUUGUUAAUGAAAAAUGUUUAAAUGGAGAGAAUGUUAGACCUGGAAGUGAUGAUUUUUUAUUAUUAGGGAAAAAGAAAGGAAGUAAGAGAAAGGGAAGAAAAAAGUUGGAAGUGAUAUCUUCUACAGGCUGUUAUUGGAUGGACAAAACAACCCUCGUUUCAAAACACACGGCAAAGGGAAUCGACUUUCUCGAUAGUUUUGGCUUGUUCAUUAAAGAACGAGCUCAAAUUGAAGAGGAAUAUGCUAAUAAAUUGAAAAAUUUAUCAAAAAAAUCACGAGGCAAAAAGGCUUCUGAUGACGAAUUUACUUCAUCGAGUGCAUUUCAUGCUUUUUUGGGAGAAUUAGAAUCUCUUGCCUCCCAACACGAACUUGUUGUUGAGUGUUUACGGGAUGUUCUUCUUCCAAAAAUUAACGAUAAAUGUCGUCAAUUUCGAACUGUUCGUAAAAAACAUUCACAAAAUUUUGAAUUAAUGGAGAAGGAUUAUAAUGCUAAAGUAGAUGAAUUACAAAAGCAGAAGAAAAAUUACGAAAAAGCACAUAUAGAAGCCCAAAAUGCCCAUAUUAAACACAAAAGAGCGUUCGAAAAUCGUUAUUUAUCUCGUCAUGAAGUAGACAAAGCUCAGUUGGCAGCGAACAAUAAAAGUACAAUUUGUGAACAAGGAAAACAGAAUUACGCAUCUCAAUUAGCUGCCACAAAUCAAGCAAAGAGUGAUUUUUACAAUAUUUUGUUGCCUCGAUUAUUAGAAGAAAUGAGACAACUUGAAAUUGAACGAAUUGAUUUUACUAGAGAAAUUAUGUUGGAAAGUGUUAAGGCAGAAACUGGUGUUUUACAUAUUAAACAAAGGUGUUAUGAAGAUAUGAAUAAUGCAAUUAAAACAGUCAAUCCAGAACACGAUACUUUAUUGGUUGUUGAACAAACAAAGACUGGAUAUACACAUCCUGCUGACUUUGAAUUUGAAGAUUUUGGUAAUUAA